CUUUUAACACCUAUACCCCUUUACCAACCAGUCACUAUUUGCCUCACACGUAGAGUAAUCGUGCGCCCGCGCAGGCCCUACACGAUGCUAUUGAGAAACCUGUACAGAAAUGCAGUUAGGUGUAACAUUAGAUUUUAUUCUGGACAUUCAGUUUAUAACAAGCCCCCGAAAAUACUUAUAACUGGAGGACUAGGUCAACUCGGAGUCGAGUGCGCGAAGUACCUCCGCCACAAAUAUGGCAGAGAAAACGUCCUACUGUCAGACAUCAUCAAGCCAUCACAGGAAAUCGUCAACGACGGACCUUACCUUUUCGUAGACAUUCUAGACUUUAAGGGCCUCCAGAAAAUAGUAGUAGACCACAGGGUGGACUGGCUGAUCCAUUUCUCAGCUCUUUUGAGUGCCAUAGGAGAACAGAAUGUUCCUUUAGCUGUACGAGUGAAUAUAGAAGGAAUGCAUAACGUAAUAGAGCUAGCGAAACAGUAUAAACUAAGGGUGUUUGUUCCUAGUACGAUUGGAGCCUUCGGACCAGAUUCCCCUAGGAAUCCCACGCCAAACAUUACUAUACAAAGACCUAGAACAAUUUAUGGUGUGUCGAAAGUGCACGCUGAACUAUUAGGAGAAUAUUAUUAUUACAAAUUUGGAUUGGACUUCCGUUGCUUGAGGUUCCCAGGAGUAAUUUCAAGCGACCCUCCUGGUGGAGGGACAACAGACUACGCCAUCGCAAUUUUCCACGACAUGCUGCGCAAAGGACAGUACCAAUGCUACCUGAAACCAGACACGCGGCUGCCCAUGAUGCACGUCAAAGACGCGCUUCGUGCCCUCUCAGAGUACCUGGAGGUUCCCAACGAGAGACUGACCAGGCGGGUCUACAACGUUACCUCUAUGAGCUUCACUCCCGAAGAACUUGUGGAGGCCAUGGCGAAGUACAUGCCAGAAAUGAAAAUCACAUACCAACCUGAUAGUAGGCAAGAAAUUGCGGACUCCUGGCCCCAAGUGUUCGACGACAGCGAAGCCCGACGCGAUUGGAACUGGAAGCCCGACGUGGACCUGGAUCAGCUAGUCCAGCUCAUGGUGAAAGAAGUCAAAGAGAAGAUAGUAGCGAACGGGUUCUAGAUUUAAUUGAUAAUCCAGAGGGCGCCCAGCGCUACUUUAGAGCGGGAUACAAAGUCACAUGGAUGGGUGAAUAAUUUUUCAAGGCAUAGCUUGUGAUUUGAAUUGAAAGGAACGAUACAGACCUAGUUUCAGAAUGAGAUUAUACUUAGAUGCGACGCAAAUCCACGCAGCGCUGGGCAGAGCAGACAUAGAUUUAUGCCAAACAAGUUCUAAUGCUAUGGGCAUACGGUGCUUAAGUGUUCAAACGCCGACAAUGUAAUUUAACCGAGUAAUAAUAGAAUCGUCAUGCUAUGAUAUGCUGCGUCAUUUGAAUCUCAGCAAUCAGCAUCAACCUUAGAUUGGCCUAGAAUUUUGUAAAUUGUAGUGUCAGUUUCAAAGCGCCGUAUUGAAAUUCUCCCACACCUGUCCAGCUGUGAGCUGUAAGCUUUAAAAUCAUACAUAGGUAGUUACUCGUCUUUAUUCUUUGUAUAAAAAAAUGCAGUCACCACACCAGCUAUUUCGUUAUGAUGCAAGUGGUUCCACGCGCGCUCAUUGCGAGAUUGCGAUCAACGCAGCGGAACGGCCUAAUCUAGGAACAUUUUGUUUGUACCCUUACACAAUUUCGUAAUGUAGGUAUUUAGUUAGGGUAUCAUUAGGUUAUAAAUUAUUUGUAAUUUAAUUAUAAUUUGGCAAUAUAAGGACAGUAGUAACGAGAUUACCUACCUCGAGAUUAUUUUUUUUGCAUUCCAAAAAAGUGUAAUAAUAAUUUUCUGUGUUGCUACUUUGUACCUAAUGUUAAAAAUAAAACCAAUUUUUAACUGAAUCAAUUCCUUUAUUUGAACAUCCACAAACCAAAAUAAACUUUGCCUUAACCUAAGUUAUGAAAAUAAUUAGCGCCGUCCUGACGGCAAAAUGGCAACAGUGCGACUCGUAUCGAUUAUUAUUACGAUUUUAAAAGCAAAUGAAUACGAUGGAAAGAGAUAUGAUAUUGAGUAGGUACUACGACUUAAAGAUAUAUUCACAUUACGGUGCAUGGAUGCACAUAAGUAGGAGGUAUAGAAAUCCUCGUGUUUACACCGGCUCAUACAGCGGGCGUAGCGUGAGUUUACAUCAAACGCAUUUGACAUCGAUUGCGUUAAAAAUAUGUAUGAAAAUUUCUUUUAGUUCUUGAAGGUUUCCGCUAGGGACGCUGUACAAUCCGUCAUACAUUUAAUGUCACUUUUUACGCAGUCACUAGUGAAGACGUUCGAUGUAAGUAAACUCACACUAAGCCCUCAGUACUAUCUGGCUCUUUGCACUUUUUACGAACGAGUAAUUUGUUUAUUAAUAAGGCAUUCUCCAUAAUGACCGGUUGGUUGCGACCUGCCUUCAUUGGAGGAGGCCUAUGUUAAGCAGUGGACGUCCUAUGACUAAAUGAUGAUGAAGGCAUUCCCCGUUUCUUUGUGAACAUACCUUUAUGUCCUGAGAAAUGCAUAAAAGCAUAAUUGGAUAGUUGACACCAUUAAUCUAAAAACGAAUCAGUGCUUUAUAAGUAAAUUUUUUUAACUAGUAAAUGGGGUCUAGCGUAUUUGCGUUCGCUAGUUGGCGCCAGUGGCGAUAAAUAAGGUACUAGUGGCGCCAGCUCAGUGAGUGCAAAUGCGAUAGUUCUUCAACCGCAAUCACCAGUUGGAUCUAAAGUCAUGUCAAGUGAUGAGCUUAAACAAAACACGGAAGGUAACAUCACGGUAGACAGACUGGUGGUGUCAAUUAUCUCAAUUAAAUUGAUUAUUUUAACAUAUUUACGUAUCACAGUGAUUUACUCCUAUGGUUCAGAAGCGAUUGUCUUGUAUAUUCUAUUCAUUUGCGUUUUGCUGAUACUUUGCACCCACAGUUACCAUACAUCACAUAAAAUAAUAAUGUUGCAUAAAGUAUUAUUUUAUAAUUAUUACAAUGGCUUUGUAUUCUAAAAUUAAUAUACGACAACAUUUAAAAUACACUGACUUUAACUCGACCGUAAUAAACACCCAAUAUGAAAACAUUGUAAGUUAACGUUUGUACAACUUUUAGCAGACAAGUCUAGUCAUCAAGUUGUAAAAACGUGUAACUGUAGUUACAAUGUUAUUCAUAUUUGGUGUAACAGUCACCUAAAUAAAUUAAUAAUAAAUUGUUAGUCGCAUUAAUAUGACGUGAUGAAAAUUUAUUAUGAAAGAAUAACUAAAAAUAAGCCUACGAUAUA